AAACAAACGGAGGCAACAUUACCACCAAACUGUCCACUUCACCAACCAAGCACAAUUAAUAUAUUUAAUUGGUAGCUUACUGGAAAACGCAAGAUUAUACUGUAUUAAGAGACCUGAAAUAUUCCUGAGAAAUGGCCAAGCUCAAAGACCCGAGAACAGUGAAGAUAUUCUUCUCAUCUCCGUUUGGGGGCAUGGAAGAAGAGAGGGAGGAAUUGACUCGGCGCUACUGGCCCCAGAUUGCUCACCUCUGUAACGCCCAUGGCCUACAGUUUGCUGCAGUGGACAUGCGCUGGGGCAUCACAGCGGAAUCCUCGGACAAGGCCCAAGUCAUCAACAUCUGUCUGAGGGAGAUUGACAGAUCUGAUAUGUUUAUUGGUUUCUUUGGACAGAGAUAUGGAUGGCAUGGUGCAGAUGAUGCGUCAUUGCAGAAGAAUUUUGACAACGCAGUCUCUCGCUAUCCAUGGUUAGAGGAAGUGAGAGACAAAAGUGUUACCGAACUGGAGUUUUUACAUGGAUUUCUUAACAACCCCGGCAACAUUCCAGCAGCAAUAUUUUUUCGUGACAAGGUUUUUGAUGACAGAAUGCUGGAGGAAGGGGAAAAGACAGGGGACAAGAAGCAGGUGUUCAAAUACUCGGCAGAGAGUGAGCUCUCCACUAGGCUGAUGGAUGAUCUCAAAAAAAGAGUAUGGGAAAACAAGAAUGAGAGUCUGGGAGUUUAUAUGGACUAUAAAACACCAGCAAAGGCAGCCAGCAUCAUGUACACCACAAUAAUGGACUACCUGCGUACCACGCUACUGGUCGACCUGGCCUCACAGCGUAGGACUGCACGGGAGGAGGUGCUGAGUCAGCAUGAUGCGUUCCUGGCCAGCAGGAGCAACGUGUUUGUGCAGGGGGAGGCCUACCUCAGUGUCCUUGACAGGCAGCGGGAUACUGAAGCAAGAAAACAUGUUGUAGUCACCGGGGAUACUGGUGUUGGCAAGUCAGCAUUGCUGUGCAACUGGAUAUCCAAGCUCAAACAGGACAGAAAUCUAGCUGUUGUCUACCAUUUCACAGGAUUUGCUGACAACAGCACUGAUAUUGACAGCCUGCUGUCAAGAAUAGCCGGAGAAUUUGAGCAUAUUCUCAAUACUUUGCUGGGAGUGGACCAAACAUCAGGGGAACCAUCCGAAACCAUAGCAACCAAACAGGAAGUGGAGAAGGAUACCACUCGGUCUCUGGUUCAGAGACUGCUGGCAGCAAUGAGUCAACUAGUGGGCCUGGGGAAACUGCCUGUUCUGAUAGUGGAUGGGGUUGACAAAGUUACAAACACCAGCCAGAUUUCUAAGGUCCUGUACUGGUUGCCAGUCAACUUUCCCACUGGCUGCCUUGUUGUGGUUUCCACAUUGUCAUCUGAUGUGACAAACUUGCAGGAGCUGGAAACCAGAAACUAUCUACGACUUACUGUUGAACCCCUUAGUGUUGACAGCAAACGUGAUAUGAGCAUUAGUGUGCUAGGUGCCAGUGGGAAGGAGCUGUCCCCACCCCAGCUAGAUCGCAUUGUGAACGCUGAGAUGACCAGAAUUCCUCUAUUCUUGAAAAUUGUCAUGACGGAGCUGAUUGCCUAUGGAUACUUCCGGCUGCUGGACAAGAAGAUUGACUCUCUUAUUCAUUCUGAAAGCAUUGAAAAGUUGUUCCAGCACGUGAUAGUGAGACUGGAGGAAGAUUAUAAUGUGCAAGAAUACACAGGAAAUCUAGUGGAAAAGGUGAUGUGCACCAUACAGCUGUCUGGUCAUGGUUGCUCAGAGACCAUGCUGAAGGAGCUCUACUCUAUUCCAGACCAAGUGUGGUCGCCACUCUACUUUGCACUGGAGCCUCUCAUAGUGCGUCAGUCCAGCAUGAUCAAAUUUGGAUUCAAGCAACUUGGAGAUGCUGUGGAGAAGAGAUACCUUGAAGAUAUUGACAAAAGAAAUCACUAUCUUGAGACGAUGGUGACAUAUUUCAACGCAGAACUAAAAGAACUUGACAAGAGUGUAAUAACACACAUUGACCAACUGCCAUAUUUCCCCAUAGCCAAUCAGCUGCCAGACCUGUUGGUCACCCUUGGCGACAGGAACAGGCUGGCAGAAUGCAUCGCUAACUUCUUUGUGUUCUCCUACCUGGAGAAGACGAACUUAUAUCAUCUUAUCUCACUAUGGCGGGAAACUGGGCUGAGUGGAGACGUGAUUGCUAAGCAACUGUUGUCAACUUUCGAUUUACGCCUUGUGCAGAUAUACACACACCUAGAGGAAAGAGACCAACUGAAAAACAGUUCCCCACCUGGAAUGUUGCUUGUGACAUUUUUGAGUUCUGUCAACACGUUCCUGGAUACUGCUGGGUUACCACAGGGGCAGUCAGCCGUGUUAGAGAGGGGUGUACGAAUAGUGUCUGAAGGCUUGAAGUCUGAAAAGGCUCAUGCUGAUUGGUUGAAGACUCUGAGCUCACUGCAGUACAGGCUGGCCUGUGCCCUCUGUGAGAACCCUCACACUGCAGAGCGAGGCAUCAAUCUACAUCAAGAACUGCUUGCAGACACAGAAAAGACUAUGAAGGAGGAGGUGUCCAAUAAAUACCUGCUUAAGCGGAUGGGAAACUAUUGCCAUGGUAUCGGAGUAGGCUACUCAACACUGGGGGAUUAUCAAAAGAUGAUCGAAUACACGGAGAGGUCCAUAGAGUACCACAUGCAGACUGGGAAACCUAACAUGUCAAGCAUAGCUGGCUCCUGGUCCAAUAUUGGCAUAAGUUACAUGAACUUGGAGAAAUACAACACUGCCCUUGAAUACCUGCAGAAAUCAAUACAGGCCUUGGAAGACUACUACUUCCAUGAGGUGCCCCCCAUUAUUGGAGAAAUCCUCACUAACAAGGCCCUAUGUCUACGCAAAAUGAACAGGCUGGAUGAAGCUGAGGCCGAAUACCAGAGAUCCCUCAAAGUGAAGAUCCAAGCAGUUGGUAGAGACCACAAAAUUGUUGCCCUUACCUUUAUGAACCUUGGUACAUUGGAGACGAUAAGAAACAACUAUGGGAAGGCUGUGGAGUACACAAAACAGGCCCUUCAAGUAUACGAGAAUCUAGGACAGUCAUGGGACAAUGAGGCUUACAUCCAGGUCUGGGAGAACCUCCUUCAGUAUCAAACGAUAGGGGAGCAGCAGUUUGAAGAGGCAGACAAGAACUUCAUGAAAAUAUUGGACUGGAGGGUGAAGGACGGAAGCAUGGACCGUGUCAUACCUAGCCUCUACAGAGAGAUGGCACGCUACUACUUGAGAGCAGCAAUGUGGGAGAGUGCCUACAAAGUGUGCACCGCCUUACUGGGAUCUGCCCAUGCAGCUGAUGUGGAUGGCAUAGCGUACAUUCUGAUGGACAUGGCGCUACAAAACCUGCCCGAGUCCAAACAGCAAGAGAUGCCUGAGGAGUUUACGCUGGCACAUGCUGUGGAACUCUUCCCAGGCAAUGUUAGCCUCACCAAACAGUAUUGCUGCUCUACGUUAAUACCAAACAACAACCCUGCGGAGGUAGUUCGAUUGGUCAACAUACUUCACGACUCGGGCGAAAUGGGAGUGGAUAACUAUCACCUGUCAUGUGACUGGUGUGUUAUGCCAACAGGGGAGGUAAACCUCGACUGCCAGCAAGGGAUCGUGGAAGAGGGGCUGCUGAAAUAUCCAGAGGACCAGAACCUACAUCUUAACAUGGCAAAGAUUUUACGAAAACGAAACCAGGCACCUCAAGCCUAUCCCCAUGCACUGAAAGCUUUGGGCAACAUUGAUCCAGCAACAAACAUCCCGUUGACCCUUUUUGUGGCGCAGACUGCUAUCCUUUCAGGCCUGUGUGAUGAUGCCGAAAGAUUUUGUCAGACGGUCGAAGAGAAUUGCGGAGAAAAUGAGUCUGCUAUGAAUUCUGUACAGCAAAUAAAGGAGUGGAUUGUUGAAGUUAGAGAAUAUCAACAACAACAGCAACAAUAAGAAGACCAAAAUCAGUCGGAAUAGGCAAUCUAUAAAGGAGCUAGAUUUGCACUGUAACUUGAUAAAAAGACCCUUUAUUUAGUUAUAAUUCACAGAAGUUGACAUCUAAUAACAUUUAACGUUUCCAACACUUUCAAAUUAUAAGAAGUGAUUAUUAAAAAAAUAAACCUUUGAUUCCUAAAUGAGUGUUCAUAACAUUCUUGGCUUAUGCACAUAGUGUGAAUCAAAUUUAGAUACAUUAUUUGUUUUUGAAUCUUAAUACUUAAUAUUGUGAUUGAAUUUUAACUUAAGGUUUGAUACUGGAAAUACCAAGCAACUGUACCUGUUACGGAUGAAACAAGAGCUCUUCAGUCAGACAGAUGCCCCCAAAAACAGGGCCUUGACACAGGAUUUUUUUGCAACAAAACUUACCAUAAAAGUUUAUCCUAUCAUAUUGGUGUUUCUUAGCCACUUAAAUAAGUUUUUAGUAUCAAGCCAAUUUGUUGACGAGUUAUUUAUCCGAAUCUAUUUUCACACUUAUUGUGACAGGGACCUUGACCUUUGACCUAGUGACCCCAAUUUCAAUAGGGGUGAUAUAUUGUCCAAGGUCAAUGCUCAUGGAAAGUAUCAAGCCAAUGAGUGAAUCAGUUGAAAAGUUAUUGAUCGGAAACGAUUUCACACUUAGUGUGACAGUGAAUUUGACCUAGUGACCCCAAUUUCAAUAGGGGCCAUCUACUGUCCAACGCCAACGCAAAUGGAAAGAAUCAAGCCAAUUAGCCCCUCCGUUCACAAGUUAUUGAUUGGAAACAAUGUUCAAUCUUCUGACAGUGACCCAAUUUUCAAUAGGGGUCAUCUAAUGGCAAAGGCCAAUGGACAUGGGAAGUAUCAAGCCAAUUGGUAAAUCCGUUCACAAGUUAUUAAUUGGAAACAAUUUUCACUAAGUAUUACAGUGACCUUGACCUUUGACUUAGAAACCCCUGAAAUGAACUGGUGUACCGAAAGACCAACCGACUGACAUCCAGCAAAACAAUAUACCCCCUCUUUUUCGAAGAGGGCAUAACUAGGACUUUGGAAAGUUAAAGAGAACAAAGCCAUAUAUAUUAAUAUUAACUGUACUGUAGAUAUUUUAAUGAAGGUGUAUUGUUAAAUAGAUGUAAUCCAAGUAUGUUUAUAUGCAUGUUUCUUGUUUCUUAUGGGAUUUUAUUUUACAUUCAAUUUUGUAUUUCUUUAGGCUUUAUUUUAAUUUUAUUAGCAUGUUUUCCGGAUGUUUCCUUGAGUAGAAUGAUAUAGAAUAUGUUUGCAUAUUUUGUGCCACAUAUUGCAGUAAUUGUUGGUUUUUAGCUACAUUUUUAUCAAAGAUAUCUAACUUUGUUUUGCAUAAUAUUGUGUAAUAUCACAACUUAUGUUCAUAAUAUUUGUGAUGUAGCUGGUUUAGUGAGUGCAUUUAGUUAAAUAUAUAUACAUGUUGUAUAUAUAUAUAUAGAGAGAGAGAGAGAGAGAGAGAUUGGAGAAAUAUGCUGUUCAAACAGUGCUAAUUACAUAUUUUAUACAUAUGCCCUAGCACUUUCGACUUUUCGUCUUCAUCAGGGGCUUGUCAACACAGAUAUGGUUGUACAUGCAAUAUUGGACAUGAUAUAUAUAUAUAUUCACACAUAUUGCCAGUUAUGUCUGGUCUCUGAUUUAGAAAUAGGUUUUGGGGUUCCGACUUUAGACACAUGUAUCUCCAUACCCUUUUUUAUCCGAUAUCGACACGAAUUAUAUAUUAUCAGCAAAUACUUGCCUGAUUUUAUGAAAAGUAUGCAUCAAUUAUGGACCUUUCAUGUAUGUGCCAUGAACGUGUUGCUCAUAUUGAUAAGUGUUUGAUAAAAUGAGUCUAAAUUGUAUCUGUGAUGUAUGAACUAUAGCAGAAGACUGCGAGAUUUUUUAUUUUAUAGCCUUCCUUUUAUUUGGUAAAUUUUAUGUGAUUCAGGAUUUUUGUCCUGCACUCUAAGACAAUUUAUUCCUCUUGUUUUGUGAUGUUUUCCUCUCAAUAUUUAUAAAAUUAUUUUUAUGAAAUUUUGUAUGUAAACUCUUCAGGUUAAAUGCUAUUGCAUUUGUAUUUUAUGUUGCAUUUUUAUUCUAAAUUGUUGUAUACUACUUUUUUACAAGUAGUAACAUUUGAAACACUUUAUGGUUAUACAUAUUUAAAUUUUAGGUACAUAAAUGAUAAAAGUAG